AUGACCGGGCCACUAGGAGUUACUCAUCUGCUGCUUUUUUCUAAAUCAAGCAAUGGAAAUUCGAAUCUUCGCAUUGCUCUCACACCCCGCGGCCCCACGUUAAAUUUCAGAAUUGAGAAUUACUCUUUGUGCAAAGAUGUCAAAAAGGCGUUGAAGCGGCCGAGAGGCUUGGGGAAGAGCCACACAACUCAUCCACUAUUGGUUAUGAACAAUUUCAUGUCUUCGAAAGAGGGGGAAGCAUCGGAGAAAAUUCCAAAACAUUUAGAGUCUCUUGUCACCACGGUUUUCCAGUCUCUUUUCCCUCCAAUUUCACCUCAAACAACACCACUUGCCUCAAUUCGACGUAUUAUGUUACUCGACAGAGACCGAUCAUCAAAGAAGGGACAAGAUGAAUCUUUUACAGUGAAUCUACGACAUUACGCCAUCACAACAAAACGAAUCGACCUGCCUAAGAGGAUAAGGCGACUUAAUCCGAAGGAAUUCCGGGGUAAAGAGAAGGAUAAAGCUGUCCCAAACUUGGGUAAAUUGAAUGAUGUUGCAGAUUAUUUGCUGGGCGGUGGUGGUGGCGAUGCCGGUUUUACGUCUGCAAGCGAGACCGAAAUUGAGACGGAUGCGGAGGUAGAGGUUCUAGAAUCCACGACUAGAAAAGUGUUGAACAAAAAGGAACUUCAGCGAGCUAAGGAAACUGGGUCCAAAUCAGCUCGCAGCUCCGGAUCAAAUGUUGAGAAAAGAGCAGUGAAACUGGUUGAACUCGGACCUCGUAUGAAAUUAAAGCUGAUGAAAGUGGAAGAGGGUCUCUGCGGCGGAAGAGUUAUGUGGCACGAUUAUGUGACCAAGACUAAAGAAGAAGCCCAGAAGCUGGAUGCAUCUUGGGAGAAGAAACGCAAAGAAAAGGAACUCAGGAGAAAAAUACAGAAGGAGAAUGUUGAAAAGAAGAAAGCCCUGAAGGCAAAGGCACCACGUGAGGGUAAAGACGAUGAAGAUUCUGAUGAAGUUGAUGAUGAUGAUGACUGGGAUAGCGAUGACUUCAUCCACGCGGAAGAGGACGAAGAUGAGGAAAUGUGGGAAGCAGAAAAAGGGGAAGCUUAA